AUGCGCAGGGGACCAGGCCUCCCGAGACUGCAAACGGGAGAAAGACGAACCCCUCAAUUGCGCGGCGGAGGACAUACAGCCACCUACUUGGGCCGCCUCGCACAAAAGCGCGCAGGCGAGCGCCGACAAGGGGACGCGAAGGCCACGGCCAACACAAAUCCCACCAAAAAGCACGGCAGCACAAACGCUGAGCCACGCAUGAAAGGCAGCAGGCCUGCUGUAGACAAACCACCAGCGGCAGCAAACGCACCCGCCAACAAUGACAACACCCCUCCCACCACAUAUGCAGCGGCGCUCUCGCCUCAACCACAGACUGCCCCAAAACAAGCAAACCAGGCACCAAACAGGUGUGCCGCCGCUCCACUGAGGGCCAGGCAGCCGAGGAGGGUUAACGGGCCGCCCCGCCGUCGCCGGCAGACCAACGGACCGACCGCGCGCCGCGCCAGCCACCUGCGGUGUUCGCCGUGCGAGCUGCAGCACUCACUGCCUUUGCGAGUAGCCGAGGAUUACCGGCCGCCGAGCCGCCGCCGCCCGACAUCCUACCGCGCCGCGCCCGCGCCCGCCGCCUGCCGGCUCCCGCGCCGCGCCUGCCGUAGCUGUUUCGCUUCUACCGCACGAUCCAACGAUUCGCCGAGGAUCGCGGAGUUCAGCGCCCCCAGCCAGCCGGCAGCAGCGCCUGCCGACACACCUGCCGCCCAGGCCGGGCCCAGCGCCGACGCCGCCACGACGUACAGCGAGAUGCGUGAGCUUGCCAUCAAGAAGCAAGUCACCAAACUGGCCCGCAUUCUGAAGGAAUCAGAAGACGAGCCGACAGAAAACAACGUGGACGUCCCGGCCGCGGGGAAAUCCAAAAAGCGCCGGAGCAAGAGGCGAAGUCUCAGCCGUGAAAAAGACGACGUUAAGAUGGACGUAUCUGAAGCAGAGGAGUCACAUACGGCAUCCGCGAGCAGACAGGCAACAACCCCCAAAGCAGAGGACGUAGUACUACGGCCAGAAGGGCCACAGCACACGACAGACCCGCCUCCACAAAGCGAUUAA